GGCGGCGUUUGCGCUUCGGAGAUGUCCUUCCCCCAGCUGGGCUACCCGCAGUAUCUGAGCGCUAGCCCGGCGGUCUACGGGGGCGAGCGACCGGGGGUCUUGGCCGCCGCCGCCGCCGCCGCCGCCGCCGCGGCCGCCGCCUCCUCCUCGGGUCGCCCCGGGGCUACCGAGCUGGCCAGCGGCUCGCCCGCCGUGGCCUCCGUCCUGGGCAUGUACGCCACCCCCUACAGCGCGCCCAACUACAGCGCCUUCCUGCCCUACACCGCGGACCUCGGCCUCUUCUCCCAGAUGGGGUCCCAGUAUGAACUAAAGGACAACCCCGGGGUCCAUCCGGCGACUUUCGCCGCCCACACCGCCCCCGGCUAUUACCCCUACGGCCAGUUCCAGUACGGAGACCCGGGCCGGCCCAAGAACGCCACCCGGGAGAGCACCAGCACCCUGAAGGCCUGGCUGAACGAGCAUCGCAAGAACCCCUACCCCACCAAGGGCGAGAAGAUCAUGCUGGCCAUCAUCACCAAGAUGACCCUCACCCAGGUGUCCACCUGGUUCGCCAACGCCCGGCGCCGCCUGAAGAAGGAGAACAAGGUGACCUGGGGCGCCAGGAGCAAGGACCAGGAGGACGGCCACCUCUUCGGCAGCGACAACGAAGGGGACCCCGAGAAGGCCGAGGACGACGAGGAGAUCGACCUGGAGAGCAUAGACAUCGACAAGAUCGACGAGAACGACGGCGAGCAGAGCAACGAGGAGGAGGAGGACAAGGCCGAGCCCCUGAGGCCCAGCCAGGAGCAGAGCCCCGGGCCGGACCAGGGGCUGGCGGCCGGGCCGGAGGGCCUGAAGCCCAAGGAGCCCCUCGCCCUGGACGGCGGCAGCACCCGCAUCCUCAGCCCCGGGGCCCAGGGGGGCUUGCAGGGGGCUCCCCACGGCAAGCCCAAGAUCUGGUCCCUGGCCGAGACGGCCACCAGCCCGGACGGCAUCCUCAAGUCGUCGCCUCCUCCUCCUCCUCCGCCUCCUCCUCCUCCUGCUGCUGCCGCCGCCGCCCCCGGCCAGGUGGGCCACUCGCCCUCCCAGCUGCAGCACCCCUUCCUGCCCAGCCACGGACUCUACACCUGCCAGAUCGGCAAGUUUCACAACUGGACAACGGGGCUUUUCCUGGCCCAGAGUUCCCUGUUGAACGUCAGGUCCUUUCUGGGAGUAAAUCACCAUCACCACCACCAGCAUCACCGGCCAUCCCAACCACCACCUGCACCCGCAGCAGCAGCAGCAGCAGCAGCAGCAGCAGCAGCAGCCCACGGUGCUCUCGCCCACCCUGGGGGGGCUCGGUGGUGACAGACCCUCAGAGAGGACCAGCCCCAAACACACAG